AUGGCCUAUAGGGUCCUGGGCCGUGCGGGGCCACCUCAGCCGCGGAGGGCGCGCAGGCUGCUCUUUGCCUUCACGCUUUCGCUCUCCUGCACUUACCUGUGUUAUAGCCUCUUGUGCUGCUGCGACGACCUCAGACAGAGCCGACUCAUCGGCGCGCCUAGCUGCCUCCGCGGCCCCAGCACCGGCGGCCAGAAACUUCUCCAGAAGUCCCGCCCCUGUGAUCCUCCGGGGCCGACGCCCAGCGAGCCCGGCGCUCCCAGCGCGCCAGCCGCCGCGGUGCCCGCCCCUCGCCUCUCCGGUUCCAACCACUCUGGCUCACCGAAGCCGGGCACGAAGCGGCUGCCCCAAGCGCUCAUUGUGGGCGUGAAAAAAGGGGGCACCCGGGCCGUGCUGGAGUUUAUUCGGGUGCACCCUGACGUGCGGGCCUUGGGCACUGAGCCCCAUUUCUUCGACAGGAACUACGGCCGCGGGUUGGACUGGUACAGGAGCCUCAUGCCCAGGACCCUCGAGAGUCAGAUCACGCUGGAGAAGACGCCCAGCUAUUUUGUCACUCAAGAGGCCCCCCGACGGAUCUUUAACAUGUCUCGAGACACCAAGCUGAUUGUGGUUGUGCGGAAUCCUGUGACCCGGGCCAUCUCUGAUUAUACCCAGACGCUCUCCAAGAAGCCCGACAUUCCUACCUUCGAGGGCCUUUCAUUCCGCAACCGCACGCUAGGCUUGGUGGACGUGUCCUGGAACGCCAUCCGCAUCGGCAUGUAUGCACUGCACCUGGAGAGCUGGUUGCAGUACUUCCCCCUGGCACAGAUCCACUUCGUCAGUGGUGAGCGGCUCAUCACUGACCCAGCUGGUGAGAUGGGGCGGGUGCAGGACUUCUUGGGCAUCAAGAGGUUCAUCACCGACAAGCACUUCUACUUCAACAAGACCAAAGGCUUCCCUUGCUUGAAAAAACCAGAAUCGAGCCUCCUGCCUCGAUGCCUGGGCAAAUCAAAAGGAAGAACUCAUGUACAGAUAGAUCCUGAAGUCAUAGACCAGCUCCGGGAAUUUUAUAGACCUUAUAAUAUUAAAUUUUAUGAAACCGUUGGACAGGACUUCAGGUGGGAAUAA